CAAGAUGGUCAUGACCUUUCUCUCCUUUCCCUCUUGCUGUGCCCCCCUCCCAUCUCUGUCCAGCAGGAUGACUCCAGAGAAUGUCACCGGGGCCAGGGUGGUCCCUGCUGAAUUCAUCCUCCUGGGCAUCACAGGUCGCUGGGACCUGCGCCUGACCCUCUUCCUGGUCUUCCUGCCCGUCUACCUGCUGAGCCUGCUGGGGAAUGUGGGCAUGGUGCUGCUGAUCCGCGUGGAUGCCCGGCUGCACACGCCUAUGUACUUCUUCCUGGCCAACCUCUCCCUGCUGGACGCCUGCUAUUCCUCUGCCAUCGGCCCCAAGAUGCUCGUGGACCUGCUGCUGCCCCGCGCCACCAUCCCUUACACGGCCUGUGCCCUCCAGAUGUUUGUGUUUGCGGGGCUGGCUGAUGCCGAGUGUUGCCUGUUGGCGGCCAUGGCCUAUGACCGCUACGUGGCCAUCGGAAACCCUCUUCUCUACACCACGGCCAUGUCACGGCGUCUGUGCCUGACCCUGCUGGGAGCCUCGGGCCUGGGGGGCGCAGUGAGCGCCUUGGUCCACACGACCUUCACCUUCCGCCUGAGCUUCUGCCGCUCCCGGGAGGUCAACAGCUUCUUCUGCGACAUCCCUCCGCUGCUGGCCAUCUCCUGCGAUGACACCAGCCUCAAUGAACUCCUCCUCUUCGCCGUCUGUGGCUGCAUCCAGACGGCCACGGUGCUGGCCAUCGUUGUGUCUUACGGUUGCAUCGCCGGGGCCGUGAUCCGCAUGCGCUCGGCCGAGGGCCGGUGGCGGGCGGCC